AUGAAGGUCUCUGUGGUCACUUGUUUCUUGUCAGCUAGCACAUCGGCGCAUACGAUCUUCACUCAAUUGCACGUCAACGGCGUGGGGCAAGGACAUACCAAAGGAAUCCGUGUGCCGCACGACACACAGACCUAUGACGGACCAAUCCAAGACGUAACGUCCAACGAUGUCAUAUGUAAUGGCGGCAUAAACCCCUACAGAACGCCUCUUCCCAAAGACAUUAUCAAUGUCAAAGCCGGAGACAAGCUCACUGCCGAGUGGCACCACACGCUUGAUUCGAAACCUGAGACGGAUAAGUCAGAUCCCAUCGACCCCGGUCAUCUGGGCCCCAUUAUGAUCUAUCUCGCCAAAGUCGAUGAUGCUUUGUCUACCACAGUGACGGGACUGAAGUGGUUCAAGAUCUACGAAGAUGGAAUGGAUGCCAAUGGCGAAUGGGCAGUUACGAGGCUUUACAACAACAAGGGUCUAGUAGACUUUGUGCUUCCGUCUUGCAUUCCGAGCGGACAGUACCUCCUCCGCGCCGAACUCAUCGCUCUCCAUGCUGCGAGCAACUACCCGGGUGCUCAACUCUACAUGGAAUGUGCUCAGAUCAACGUCACAGGAGGUGGUACUGCCAGUCCAGUUACAGUCAGCUUCCCAGGUGCAUACAAAGCGACAGAUCCAGGCAUCAAGUUUCAGCUCUACUGGCCGAAACCAACAAGCUAUACCAUUCCAGGACCGAGACCGUUCACCUGCUCUGCGAAGAUUAGAAACCCCCAUACUAACAUUGUCAACUCCGUAGACCCACAUCCACUUCUCGCCCAAGUUCCCUUGACACUUUCCCCCUUCCUCUCCCUUCCUACCUCGGUCCCCUUGCCAUACUCCUACGUAACCCUACCUUCGACGCUUCCUCCCUCGAUCCUCUCCCAACAGCAACAAGACGGCUCCAACGCGUCGAAGCCCGCAUACGUCAUGUCUUCAUCCGGCACGUCAGCGCACCCAGACCAGAUUCUCACAUCAUGUGUCGCACUACAAGAACAUCUGUCCAAGCUAGAGGCCGACGCGAGGAAGACAUUGGCGCAGUGGGAAGAACGGAGGCAGAAAGAGGAUCUCGCCGAGAAGAGGAGAGUUGCGCCGGGUUGGUUAGAUAGUGGUGUACAUAUACUGAAGCCAGAGGAGAGUGAUGGAGGAGCGAAGAAGGAAGACAGAGCGCCGGUGCAGAAUCUCAUGGAUCUAGAUCCACAAGCGGAGACCAAGGCCAAAGAAGGCGAGGAAUUGGACAGGGUAUUUGGUGGACUUCAAGUUUAG